CCUAUCCGAGGAUCUCUAAUUAAACGAUUUCUUACUCCUUUCCUAGUCUCCAAAGGUGUGCAACCGCAGAUCCAACCGAUAAUUCACAACUUUUUUUGCGCUGGCUUGAUCCUUCUUCGUCUUUUAAGCCUCUGCGGUAUCUAAUGCAGCUUCCUAAGUCAACUGCACUCCUCGAAGUCCCGCAGUUAAUUGCUUGUUAAGUGUAAUUCCGUUGGUGGUCGACUACAGAUGUAGAAAUCGCAUUUUUUUAUCUCUGUGAAAAUACUCAACUAUCGCGAGUGAACUUUAUCCCUACCUGUGGAGCACUGCGGCGAUGCCAAUUUUCCCAUUUAAGUGCACUUGGGAAAAAUUAUAGUGCGAUGCCUAAGACGAGGUCGGAGGUCUUGCUGGAUAUGUUCGGCCACGCUGAUGGCGGCAUUACACGUGCUUACGAGUUAUGCGUGGCAGGAAUGGCGGAGAAGGUGCGCGAGGCGUCUGUUCGUGGCGACGCCCAGCGUCUUGCUCGCCUCCUCGACGACGCCGUCAAACCACUUCCCGAUGAGCACGGCAGAAGCCCGCUGCUCUUGGCAGCAUCCGGAGGGCAUCUUGACGCUUGUACAACGCUGAUCCUCCACGGGAGCGAUGUCAACGCCGCAGACAACUCCGGCUCCACACCGCUUCAACGAGCUGCUGCCGAAGGCCAUCUCGAAGUUGUCGAACUUCUUCUGAAGCAUGGUGCGGAUAUCAGCAAACAAGAUACCAUUCACGGAAACUCGGCGCUCCAUGAAGCUGCGUGGCGAGGAUAUAGCCGAACAGUCGCUGCACUGGCGAAGGCUUUGGGCACGCAACGAGCUCCUUUGCAUGCCCGGAAUCUCGCAGGCUUCGCACCUUUACAUCUAGCCUGCCAGAACGGUCAUAAUCAGAGCUGCAGAGAACUCCUUCUGGCCGGUUGCAACCCAGACUUGCAAAACAACUACGGAGAUACGCCUUUGCACACCUCCGCACGCUACGGACAUGCAGGAGUAACGCGGAUCCUUAUCUCUGCUCUCUGCCGAGUGUCGGACCAGAACAAAAACGGUGACACUGCGCUGCAUAUCGCAGCUGCAAUGGGCCGUCGUAAGUUGACACGAAUAUUACUGGAGGCAGGGUGCGACCGAACGCUAAGAAACAAGCAGGCAGAGACGGCAAAGGACAUAGCUCGCAGAAAGAACCUCUCUGAGAUCCUCGAGAUAAUAAGUAAGGCUCGAAGCAGGAGUCGAGCGCGAAGCAAGAGUCGGGACGAAGAGUCAAAGGACAAGGUAGACGAGGGUGGAGAGGUGCCGCAGGUGAAGAGUGCGGGCAAGGGUGAUAAAAAGCGCGAGAAAACCGGGAGCGGUACAAGCGGUAGCAGAGACAGUAAUUCGAAAAAGGAGAAGAAGAAGCUGAAGGGUGGCAAACAGCACAAAGUGCACUUCGAGAAGGCUGUGGGCAAACAGUGGUCCCCUUAUGGUUGCCACUACUAUCCGGACCCGGACGCGUUCCCUCAGCCUCGACUGGAUUCCCUCCCGUCGGACCCUCUCGCCCGGGGAGAACAAUACUACCUCGACCUUGCUGGAAACAUACGGAAAGGACCGGUCGGCGUCGGUUACACUUGCUAUUGCGCCCCGUUCUUCAGACAUAUGGAGGCCAAGCUCGAGAGAGACAAAGCUGAGCUUAAGGCCCAUAUAGAUCAGGCCCACGAGCGGCUCGACCUCAAGGUUACAAAUCUGGAGCGACGAACCCGCGGCCAAAUUUCGGAAUUGACCCGGUGCGUCGUCGCCGAGAGAGCUCGGUGUGACGAGAGACACCUACACCUCCAGCAAUGGAUUUCUCGUGGUACUCGCGGGAGACACAGCGAGAGGCCACCACGCCUCUCGACCUCUAACCCCCAGCCUCCGACGCGCGCCCGCUCCUUGGAAGAUCUUCUUGACGACAGGCCUCACGACAGGAGUUUCGAAAUACCUGGUGAAACCCCAGCCCACGGAGGCAGCCUUGACGACCUCGACAUACCCGCUAUUCCCAGGCUCAGCAGAUCCAUGCGAGAUAUUCCCUCCGGGUCUGGUACUUCGAGGCCGACAUUGAGGGUCCUCGAUGUGCCUCCGCGACUCAACGAAACUUUCGACGGAGAUUUGAAACGGGACCGAACCUCACCUCUGGGCGCUGCUAUGUCACCGGCGUUGGGCUCGAGACAUCAGGUGCUGCAACAGAUUUCCGGAUCUCACGACCGCGUGACUAACCCUCACCAAACCGACGUCAAUAUGAAUUGCAAAAUUGGCGAAGAAAGUCCCCGCAACGAUUGGAGAGGAGCUCCGGGACGGCGGAGCGUUCACGAAAUGAUAAGACGUUUUCAGAAUGUACCUGGCAUGCAUAACAGAUGGAGGGGACAACGUUCUGGAAGUAGUGAACCGACGAGUCCGGACCAUAGCCAAAGUUCACAAAAUCAAAGAGUUCAGCCUCAAGGAGGUAUGAGCAACGGAUGGCGGGGUGAGGGUGAGGGUAAUGACUCAGAGAGUAGCGAAGGUGAGGAUGACGUUGUGCAGCCGGAACCCGUGAACGGAGGACUCGCCGUUAAAGAAAUAGCAACCGAUGGUGUCCGCUACGAGAGUAUAGCCAGGAUGCCUUACAGGUCUCGUAACGCGGUUUAUAGUCCUACCCCACCCUUACACGACGCGCAUAACGACUCAGGCUACAGUACACGCAUGUACGGGUCAAGCAAGGGUGCUUCUCCUUCCCUGUCAGGGCAAUUAGAAUGUGACGGAAUCAUACCACCAGCAUCACAAGGACCCUACCCCAGCGGUGAGCAGCUAGCUGCUUUACUCGAACAACCACGAGGACGCGAUCUUACCGUUUAUGAACGGACAGCGGACAAUGUCGUAAUCAACAUUGGCGCUGCUAGUUUAGUGUAACAGGAAUACCAGAGAUGUGUUGAACCUAUUAAUAUACCUGCAAUAGUUUCUAAACGGAAUAGAAUUUAUUAUAAAAGCA